UAAGCUGCCUUGAGCAGAACUCUGGACAAGCAGCAUUAAAAAUGCCUAAAUAAGUCUGCAGCCUUUUCACCGCGGAAAGGCCUAUCUUCACAAGAAAGGGGUAAAGACUUUUUUUUAAUGAAAGCUAGGAAUUCAGAGAACCUGAUAGAUUGCCUUAACAUGGUAAGAUACUAAUUGCCAGUUUAGAAACCUGGAAAAAAAAUCCUAGUCAUACAGAUAAGGGGGGAAUUGAAGAAUUGGUAAUUUGUACAAUUCCACAUUCUCUGGAUUCUGUUAAAUCUGACCAAGCCAUCAGGAACCAAUCCAUUGCAACAAAAUCUCAGUUUUCUGUGCAAAUCUGCUAGAGAGACUUGAAACAGGAAAAAAAAUCGCUUCUACACAAUUUGGGAACAACCUUUUCCUGCAGACUUGAAGUUGCUUUCUCCUUUGCUUAAAGAGCCACCACCCCAUCUCAUUUGGCCAAAAGCCAGGCUUCUCUGUACACCACUAUCGCCUUCCCUGGGAAAACAAGCUUCACAUGAUUGGGGGGGAGUGGAGUCCAAGGUUCAUGAUUGUUCCAAAGUGACAAUAGUUGAGCUGGCAAAGUUACAAGAGGUGCCGUGGACACCAGUGCCCUGCACUUUAGAAAGCUUUUCUCAUUCUCGCCUGCUUUUUCUCUUGUACCUGUUGCAAUGGGCCUGGAACUUUACUUGGACCUGCUCUCUCAGCCCUGCCGAUCUGUCUACAUUUUUGCCAAGAAAAAUGGCAUUCCUUUUGAGUUCAAGCCUGUGACGCUAAUGAAAGGGCAACACAAGUCUGAAGAGUUUAGCAAGGUAAAUCUCCUGGGGAAAGUUCCAGCUCUGAAAGAUGCCGACUUCACCUUAGCAGAGAGCAUUGCUAUCCUUUUGUACCUAGCAAGGAAAUUCAAAACUCCCGAUCACUGGUACCCCUCUGAUCUGCAGAAACGAGCCCGUGUGGAUGAGUAUCUGUCUUGGCAACAUAUGGCGACUCGCUUGUGUGGGAGCAAAGUGUUCCUGAUCAAGGCUAUAGCACCUGCCUUUUUGGAUGAGCCGCUUUCACCAGCAAAGUUAGAUGGUGCCAUUGAAGAUCUGAAUGGAGUCCUGAAGCUGUUUGAAGAGAAAUUCCUCCAGGACAGACGAUUCAUCACAGGCCAAGAGAUCUCCUUGGCAGACCUCGUGGCCAUUGUAGAAGUCAUGCAGCCCCUUGCAGGUGGUUAUGAUGUUUUUGAAGGCAGACCCAAGAUGGCAGCGUGGCGCCAAAGAGUAGAAGAAGCCAUUGGCAAGGACCUCUUCCUGGAAGCGCAUGAGCCGCUCUUAAAGCCCAAGGCUGCAGAGAAUCUCCCUCCUGAACUAAAGGAGCAGCUGAAGAAAAAUCUGCUGAAAUAUAUCAAAUGAACAGCCCAGGAAGGGCAACUCCCUCUCAGUAAAGCUCUUGGUCUCCUUUGUGUUGCUUUCAUUAUGAUAGGAUAACAUAGCCGCCUUCUGUCUCCCUGCUGCUCAAGAUCGGUAAUGCCUCUGUUUAGUUAGUACAACAGGAUCCUUGUUCCUGAAGAAAGGGAGCAGGUUCUUCAAAUUGUACAGGAUUCAGUACAUGUGGCUGCAUGGGCUCAGACCAGGCUCAGUAGGCCGCUAGGUCAAGUGUCAACAGGAACCUUUUUUUCCCAGGCUUUUGGUAAUUUCUCAGUGUUUGUUCCUGAAACAGAUAAUACCUACGAGGUUAGGGUGGGGGAUGCACAAAUUGUUGCUGGUUACACUGAGGCAAGCAUUAUUGGAUACAGGAGUUUUUCCUGACUUUCCAUUUGUGUUGAAAAGCACAGAUUGUACCCCCUUGUUCUACCAUCUCCUGCAGGUUGCGAGUGAUCUUACAUGAACCUUUGAUAGGGAUAGCCCUUGUUCAUUCAUUUUUCCUUCUGCAUAAGCUUUCAUUGGAUUGAGAAAUCCAGAGUCAUAGACUGAGGCUGAGAGCCAGGCGUAGCAUGAUUCUGCGAAGGCAGAACAGAUUCUGCCGCCAUAGAACUGUGCUGUGCCUGGGUCUGAACUACAACAUAGUUAACAACCUGAGCCUCCAGGCUUCUCAACCCAAUGAGAGCUCAUCCCAGCUUCACUGUUGCCUUCUGUAAGGGAAACUCCAGUGGCGCAACCUGUGGACAAGAAGCAGAAUUGGCCUCUGUGUGUGAGAGAGAGAGAUGCUGCUGUUUGUCACUUGUGUGCUUUAAUCGGGAAGAAAUCACAGCCUAAGCAUAGGAGGACAGUGUAGACACCUGGUAGAACUCCAUGUUGUUUUCAUUUUGCCAUUUGGGGUCUUUUAGGUCUGUCUCAGACUUUCCUAAAUUGGUGUGCAACACUUGCUGAUAGUUGUAGAAGUAGCUACCGUGGAGUCUGCCUUAUACAGCCUUUAGGGUUGCUUCAUGCCUACUGCUCUUUCCCCACAAGGAGGCCUUAGAAAGGCAGCAAAUGAGCUCCCUAAUAUGUCAUUAUUUCUUUGAGUUCUGUGCAAUUUGAAAACUCCCAUGUGCUACUGGCCCAGAUAGAUUCAAAUAAAAGUAUUAUCUCUA